AUGACGGCGGAGAUACCCAGGAGUCUGCUCGUGCAGCUCCGAACCGCUUUGGAGGAUACACCAGUAGGAGGCUACCUCCCCGAAUCAUCAUGGGCACUCGUCUGGUCCGCCCUCGCCGCGUUGGCCGUCUGGUACAUCGCCAGUCCCCGCGAAGACCGUCCGAUCCGCUACACGAUUCCUCCCGCCAACUUCCCUAAGGAGGAGGAGAUCCUUGAGAACCCCUCGAUCAAAGUGUCCGGCACCUCUGCGAUCCAAUGCUACGCCCCCGCUACCGGCCAGUUCCUCGGCUUCGUCAAUCCUUCCACCCCCGAGGGCAUCGACCGCGCCAUCGACCAAGCCCACGCCGCCCAGGCUGAAUGGGCCAAGACCACAUUCCGCCAGCGCCGCGCUGUGCUUCGCUCUCUGCUCCAAUACGUCCUCGAUAACCAGGAGGAGAUCUGCAAGGUGGCUUGUCUCGACAGCGGCAAGACCAUGGUGGAUGCCCAGCUCGGCGAGAUUCUGGUUACGGCGGAGAAGCUGCAGUGGACUCUCAAGCACGGCGAGAAGGCGCUGCGCCCGGAGUCGAGGCCUACGAACUUGUUGAUGGCGUAUAAGCGGAACACUGUACACUACGAGCCGUUGGGCGUGGUUGCUGCGCUGGUGAGCUGGAACUACCCGUUCCACAACUUGAUCGGACCGGUGAUCAGCGCGCUGUUUGCGGGCAACGGCAUUGUUGUUAAGGUGUCGGAGCAGACGGCUUGGAGUUCGCAGUGGUUUACGAGUGUGAUCAGGGGCGCGUUGGUUGCGCAUGGUCAUAACCCUGCGCUUGUUCAAACCGUUGUCUGCUGGCCCCAAACCGCCAACCAUAUCACCUCCCACCCCAAGAUCAGCCACAUCACCUUCAUCGGCUCGCAGCCCGUCGCUAAGAAAGUCGCCGAAUCAGCCUCCAAGGCCCUGAUCCCCGUCCUCGCUGAGCUCGGCGGCAAAGAUGCCUCCAUUGUGCUCGCCUCCGCUCCCAAGUCCGACCUCCCUCGCAUCGUCAACACCUUUAUGCGCGGCACCUUCCAAGCCUCCGGGCAGAACUGCAUCGGCAUCGAGCGCAUCGUCGUCGCCCCGCAACACUACGACACCCUCAUCUCCAUGCUCACCCCGCGCGUUCGCGCGCUCCGUCUGGGCCCCACAGCCGACGUGGGCGCCAUGAUCUCCGAUAACGCCUUUGCCCGUCUCGAGAACCUCGUCGCCGACGCCGUCAAGCAGGGAGCUAGACUUCUUGCCGGCGGCAAACGCUACGCCCACCCUGAAUACCCCAGCGGUCAUUACUUCGUCCCUACUCUGCUCGUGAACGUCACGCCCGAAAUGGCCAUCGCCCAAGAGGAAUGCUUCGGUCCCAUCAUGACAGUCAUGCGCGCCGCCUCUUCUUCGGCAGAGGACAUCCUCGCCGUAGCCAACAUCCCCAACUUUGGGCUCGGCAGCUCCGUGUUCGGCUCGGAAUGGGAUUCUACGCUGCAACAAGUAGUCAGGGGCCUGAAAGCGGGUAUGGUGGCCGUCAACGACUUUGGGUGUACAUAUGCUGUCCAGCUCCCUUUUGGAGGCAUGGGCGGGUCGGGGUAUGGAAGGUUUGCGGGCGAGGAGGGGCUUAGGGGUCUGUGUAAUAUCAAGGCUGUGUGUGAGGAUAGGUUUUACUGGAUGGGUGUCAGGACGGCGAUUCCUAGGCCGAUGCAGUAUCCUGUUCCGGACCAGGAAAGGAGCUGGAGGUUUGCGAGGGGCGUGGUGGAGGUUGGGUAUGGCAUGGGACUGGGGAGGAAGGUGGGUGGGGUGGUGGGGAUUUUGAGGAAUAGCUGA